UUGCAGCAUUUGAUUUGUUUAAAAUUAUGAUUUCUAGAAAAUUGUAUAUCACGAGCUGAUUGAAAUAUAAGAAGCACCCUAAUGAGUUUGUAGAUUUCCGCUCGAACAUCAUCUGCUCUUGAAUUAUUAUAGGUUUCUAAAUAUUUAGUAGUGAAAUUUGCUUGCUGUGAUUGUUUAAAAGUUGAAAUGUCGCGCUAAAGAAAAAUUUUAAAGCAUUAAUAUGUUCGGCAGAAGGCUUUUCACAUACUUUUCACUCUGGCUCUUAUGCAGUUCAAAUCUUGCACUGGCCUUGGCCGCCACCACUACAGCAACAACAACUGCCAGCAGUGCCAACGCCACCGAUUUAAUGCAUUUAUUGUUGGCACACAUACUGGCAGAGGCGGAUGCAGCAAGGAAUUUUGUGAUUGCACCACAGGAAAUGCUGGAAUUGUACCUGCAACUGCAUGGCACGGACAAAGAAAUCGCCACUGCAGCCGCCACACAGCACGAUGCCGCAAGCAAUGAAGUCACCAGCGCCAAUGACAGCGGUAUGCAGCAGUUCGAAGAGUUUUUCCACAUCACAGGCAGUCCGAUUUUGGUGAACAACACGCUAUAUGCCGAUGUCUACAAUGCACAAAGAUUCACACGGAAAUUGAAAAAUCUGCAAUUUGUGCUGCACGAGGAGAGUGACGAAGAGAGCGGGGCGCAUAACAAAAGCUUGGACAACACCAGCAUUGAAGAUGGCGACAAAGGCCGCAAAAUCGAUAAUAAUGAUGCGGCAGUGGCAAGAAACAGUCAAGCGUCUAACAGCAAUAGCAAGCACAACAACAACAAGAGCGACAAAGACAGUGGAUGCAGCAAACGCAACGAACUAAUCAGUGUGGUGCGCAUAAAUUCACGCUGGGCGCACAACUUCCAAAAGCGUGACACACACAAGCGCCAAUUCUACAUGCCACAAACGCACACACACGCCUACCUAAACGCCAUGCGCAAAGACGACAUCUUCCUUUAUGGUGAAUUGCCGCAAUUGAAUGCCAGCGCCUUAGAGCUGUCCUUGCAGCGGCAGCAAUUGAAAAUGCUCAUCAUAUUACCACAUGCAAAGAAUGGUUUGCCACAACUGCUGCAGCGUCUAAGUGCCAAUGUGACAUUGCUCGAUGACUUGUGUGGCCUGACAGGCGACACGCCGGACUUAGGCGACGCACAACAGCAACAGCAGACAGCAACUACAAGCGCAGCUGGUCGCCUACGCCGCCAUUUGGAGUCGACUUUGGUGCGCGUUUUCUUGCCACAAUUCAAAUUCUCACAACGCACUAAUUUGGACGGCGCUUUCAAGCAGCUACUAAAUGCCACAGCAAAUGUGGACCUGCAUUGGCCCAGCGCCUGGCAGGUGACACAGGAGGCGCAUUUUGCCGUGAGUGAGGAUGGCAUUGGUGAGCUGCAGGAAUCGAUGGUGUUGUUCUGGAACGCCUUUUCGUCGUUGCGCUCUAAACCAUUGAUGUACUGUGUCGAUCAUCCGUUCUUCUUCAUCAUAUACAAUCGAAGGGGCAUACAGUUGUUGGGACAUUUGGCGCAACUGCAUGAAUGAUGUAAUAGUGCUGCAGUGUAUUUUGAAUUCAGUCAAUAUCUAUAUACAUAUUUAUAUAUACGUACAUAUGCACGCAGUGCGUAGUAAAUAAAACAAGAGAGGUGAUCAUACAAAUAGCGCGUAAAUAAUAAAUUUGUGAUUUUUUAUGCUAAAAUAUUAGAAAAAUCUUCAAAUUUUCUAGUUCAAUUUAUUAAUAAAAACAAGAAAAAUCCUCAAUUUCGGUUGCACCGAUGCUUUUAUACCCUUAACAAAUAUACAAAGUUUUCCAUACAAGAAUUUAGGCUAUAGUUUUUCGAUCAGACCAACUGUUCGGAGAUUGCAUAAUUGCCUUAAAUAUUAAACCA